UUUUUUUAUAUAUUUUGGAACGAUGCACGAUCCUUCUUUUGUGAUAUUCUCUGGUGGAUCAGCUUGCAACUCCAUAACAAGUACUUUCCAAGCUAUUACUUCAAAAACUGUUUUUGUCUUAGGUGUUAGUGAUAAUGGAGGCUCUACGAGUGAACUUUUACGUGUUUUAGGAGGACCAAGUAUUGGCGAUUUACGGUCUAGAUUGACAAGACUUAUAAAGACGGAUGGACCUCAUGCACAAGAACGUUUAGCGAUCAAGGAACUUAUGAGUUAUAGAUUACCUAGUCUUGGUGAUGAACAUAGUAUUCGUGACGAAUGGUCUAUCAUUGUUGAAGGAAGACAUAGACUUUGGAAUCAAAUAUCAAUUGAAAAGAAGGAAACCAUACGUGGAUUUUUGGUAGCAUUCAAUAGCGAAAUCCUAAAACGAGCUCAUAAACAUUUCAACUUUCGGAAUGGUUCCAUUGGUAACUUCUUUUUGACUGGUGCAAGACUCUUUUUUGGCUCAUUAGAGGCUGCUAUCUUUUUAUUUGCUGCCAUCACUGGCAUCAAUGAACCCACGACUGUAGUACCAGUAAUCAAUACCAAUCAUACAGCAGCAAUUGCAGCUAUUUUGGAAAAUGGACAAACCCUUCGAGGACAAUGUGAAAUCAGUCAUCCAGGUGAACAUAGUUCCAAUCAUUCUCGACGUAUGAUGAAUCCAAUCGACGCAUUCUCCAAAUUGGCAUUACCAAAUUCGCCCAUACAAGCCAAUGCUGAUGGUGAUGAUGGAAAUGAAAAUGAAAAUUUGGUCUUCUCCAAGGUGACAGAAGAAAAGCUACCUGCAGCUAUAAGAAGAAUCUAUUAUAUGAAUGAAUACGGUCAAGAAAUUUAUCCAUUACCAAAUCCAAAGGUGAUCGCUCAUUUAUCAGAAGGGAAUACACUUGUCUAUUCAAUUGGUUCGUUAUAUACCUCUAUUCUACCUUGUCUUAUCUUACGUGGAGUUGGAAAUGCCAUCAGAGAAUCAACAACUCUGAAAUACAAGAUUCUGCUUUUGAAUGGUACACCUGAUCGGGAAACAGAUGGUUACACAGCUAUGGACUUUAUUGGCACUAUCACUAAUGCAUUGAACGAAAGUCAAUUGAUCGACGCACGACACGAUUAUUAUGAUACUCAUGUGGAUGAAACAAUGUUGGCAUCAGGUCAUUAUUACCAACAAGAUGCUUGUCCUAGACCAGUAGAUCAUGGAUUUCGACAAUGGCCUCCUCCACCUCCACCUUCAUUGUCAUCAACAACAUCUUUAUAUCAACAAUCAACAUUAUAUCAAGAAAAUACUUCUGAAUCACUAUCUCGAAUGUUAAACUCCAAAAUGAAACGAAAUCAACCCAAUUUACAACCUUUGCAAACAUCAGAUUCAACACCUACUUCUGGUUAUCGUACGCCACCUUUUCCAGCUCAACUUAUUCCCAAUAGUCCUCCCAAUUCAUUUAUUACUCAUCUGAUUUAUUUGAAAAACUCGGGUAAGCUUUAUUUAAUAUCUAUUAUAUAUUUAUCUCCACCCUAUUAAUCUUUCUUUUAUAUUUACAUAGAAAUACCUGUCGAUGUAGAAAGAGUCGAAAAAUUGGGAAUUAAGUGUAUUUCAGUUGAAGGUGAUUCUUUAUCAUUGAAACCUCAAUACCAUGCUGACGAACUUCAAGCUAUUCUGGAAACUUUAGUAUAGAUUAUUUUAGAUAUUAUUUUUAUAUAAAAUGCUUCACUUGUUUUCUUUUUCUUCUUCU